AUGUCGUCAUCACUCACACGCACCGUCGCCCAGCGCGCACUCGUUCUCCCCCGUGCUCUCGUAGUACCAGCGCAACGCACCUUCACCACUUCCCUCGUCAACCAGAAGACUGCCACCGAGUCCGUCAAGGAUGGGCUGAAGAAGGUCGAUCGCGCUGUCAGCGAUAACAUUGCCAUUCCUGCCGUUGAUGCCGUUGCCGCCGCACGGGACAUCGCCAAGGAUGGUGUCGACAAGAUCUCACACAGCAACCCCGCCGCCCAGGCCGAGGAGCUCAAGGGCCAGGCUAAGGGCAAGGCGAACGAGUGGGAAGGCCGAGCCAAGGGAGCGGCCAAGGAGGCCGAGGGCAAGGCCAAGGGCGCCGCCGAGGAGCUGAAGCAGAAGCUGUAA